CUCCAAAUCUGAGUAGAUGAAGGACGCGUUGCCGCUUCUCUCCCCGACUCCCUGCACACACAUAAGAACGGCACGAGCAUGAGGGGAAAUGUGAAGCAAGAAAUGCAUUUAUACCAACAUGAUCACGCAUGCAGCACUCCGUGUCCUUCUGGAGACCUUCUGGAGACCUUCUGGAGACCUUCUGGCCUCUGCGGUCCAACGUCGAACACUGACUCUCCACAGAACGGAGGCCUGGUUCAUUUGACAAUCCUACUUCCUGUAUCAUCUCUUACAUUUACGAGCCGCCCCGAGACGUCUCCGUGGCAGCGGCUAGGGAGCCGUGCCUUGCUCGUGGGCACGUUGACGGGAAGUGUCGACGACGAGCUUGUGGCGGCAUACCGGUAGACUGUGUGUCACAACAUCAGUGGACAUCCUGAGACAUGUGACGUACUUCUGCUUCUCCGUGCACUCUGGGACAUGAAGGAAAUCUCGCUGGGGUUCAAAGAUCCAGGCCACCUUUCACCCAGCACGAAGCCCCGCCCCCCUUCAGAGGCCUGUGUGUGUGUGUGAGACAGACACAGCUUGACUCAGUGCGGCCUGACAGCCCGGCGGCGUCACGUUGAAACUAUGGAUCAGAACUUGAUUCUCCCGGUGGUGGUGGCUGUUUCAGUGAUGGUAGUGACCCUGCUGUACGUCCUCCUGGGGGGACACAAGAAGAAGAAGCUGCCUGUCACUCUGCACGACCCCACGGUUAAAUAUCCCCUUCCUCUGGUAGACAAACAGGAGAUCAACCACGACACAAAGAAAUUUCGGUUUGGCCUUCCAUCUGCAAAUCAUGUCCUUGGCCUGCCAGUAGGUCAGCACGUGUACCUGUCAGCCAAGGUGAACGGCGGUCUGGUGGUCAGAGCCUACACGCCGGUAUCCAGGGACGAGGACCGGGGACACGUGGACCUUGUGCUCAAGGUGUACCACAAGAACCGCCACCCUUCCUUCCCAGAGGGGGGGAAGCUGUCCCAGUACCUGGACAACAUGUCCAUCGGAGACGUCAUCGACUUCAGGGGACCCAAUGGGCUGCUCGUGUACAAGGGACACGGCCACUUCUCCAUCCGACCAGACAAGAAGUCGGAGCCCAAAGUUCGGAGGUUCAAGCACGUCGGGAUGGUUGCCGGGGGAACAGGUAUUACUCCCAUGCUGCAAUUAAUUCGCAGUAUCACUGCAGAUCCCACUGACGACACCAAGUGCUCCCUCAUAUUUGCCAACCAGACGGAGAGAGACAUCCUACUGAGGGACGAGCUGGAGGAGGUGAAGAAGAACCACCCCGAUAAAGUGAAGCUGUGGUUCACUCUGGACAAACCUCCACGGGAGUGGAGCUACAGUUCCGGGUAUGUGACCGGUACCAUGAUGAAGGACCACCUCCCCGCGCCAUCUGCCGACGUCCUCGUCGUCCUGUGCGGCCCUCCACCGAUGAUCCAGAAGGCCUGUCUCCCAAAUCUGGACAAGAUAGGACACAGAGCAGAAAACAUUUUCGCCUACUAACGUUCUGACUAUCGCUUCACAAUGUUCCGUUGUGUAUCCAAGCAUGUGUGAUUCAGACGCAGCAGCACAAUGACAAUGUAUGACAAAUACUGCCAUCAAAAUCACCCCUUAAAAUCACUAUGACAACUUCUAUGGAGUCAGCUACACAUUUGGAAUCUGUUGGAAGUGUUUCAUGGAACUAUCUAGCGUGGCCUGUUGCGCCACAUCAGCGAUUCCCAAAGUGUGGGCCCACUGGUGGUCCGCGAAGGUACUGCAGGUGGGCCGCCAGAGGUCAUUUACAAUGAAUAAAUAAAAAUGGUUUUAAUUUUCAAUUUUGAAAAGUUUGAAAUUAAUAUGAAAAUGUUUAUGAUUUAAAUUACGUGUUAUUCAAAAGGCGCCGCCAAACAAAACAAUGUCACAUGGGGCACCGUCUAAAUAUAUAUGAGCUCCGGAGAAAAUGGUACACAAAACAUACAUUGUCUGUUAACACAUUUUUAAUCGUUUAAAUUCUUAAGGCCAUUUAAUCAUCCCUAGUUUAUGCUUUGAUCAGAGUUGUGAUUAAAUGUUUCGGGUGGGCCGCAAAAGUGGGCCGCGGCGUUCUUGAGUUUGGGAACCGCUGCACUACGUCAACAGUAGGACUGUCCUUUAAUGACACACGUAUUUAGGCUAAAACGGGAACUCAUGUGGAAUAAAGAUGUAAAACAGCA